UAUAUAAACCAGGUACUAGAGCCCUUUUUUUGCAGCAUUUAACCACCUUUCGCGCUCGCUUGGGUGCGUCCCACAUAAUUUACACCUGGAGGCCGACGACGCCACAAUCCACGACCAAAACAACUCAAGAAAGUCGCGGCAUCCGAUCGCGAAUACACAAGAGAUUUGUGACGCACAUAAUCUCGAAUUCUCGCUCUCUUACUUCCGGUGGUUGAAGGACCCUUUUCGACAUCAUGUCCGACCCAGCGGCGAACGAGGCCGAGAAGAACAUUGAGAUUUGGAAGGUCAAGAAGCUCAUCAGGCGUCUUGAAGCAGCCAGAGGAAAUGGAACUUCCAUGAUUUCGCUGAUUAUCCCUCCAAAGGAUCAAGUCUCGCGUGCGGCAAAGAUGUUGGCUGAAGAAUAUGGAACUGCCUCCAACAUCAAGUCGCGUGUCAACAGACAGUCCGUCCUGUCCGCCAUUACGUCUACUCAGCAGAGGCUGAAGCUAUACAACAAAGUCCCGCCGAAUGGACUGGUCGUGUACUGUGGUGAAAUUUUGACUUCUGAAGGAAAGGAAAGGAAGGUCAAUAUUGAUUUCGAGCCUUUCAGGCCUAUCAACACCUCUCUGUAUCUUUGCGACAACAAGUUCCACACGGAAGCCCUCGCGGAGUUGCUCGAGGAUGACCAGAAGUUUGGAUUCAUUAUUAUGGAUGGUAACGGAGCCUUGUUUGGUACCCUGAGUGGCAACACCAGAGACGUUGUUCACAAGUUCUCCGUCGAUCUCCCCAAGAAGCACGGCCGUGGUGGUCAGUCCGCUCUCCGUUUCGCCCGUCUUCGUGAGGAAAAGCGUCACAAUUAUGUCCGCAAGGUCGCAGAAUUGGCAGUGCAGAACUUCAUUACCAAUGACAAGGUCAACGUUGCCGGUAUUAUCUUGGCUGGUUCUGCCGAUUUCAAGAACGACCUGAACCAGUCCGAUCUGUUCGAUGGAAGACUCCAGGUCAAGGUCAUUAAGGUUGUCGAUGUCUCCUACGGAGGUGAAAACGGUUUCAACCAGGCUAUCGAGCUUUCUGCCGAGACGCUGAGCAACGUCAAGUUCAUCCAGGAGAAGAAGCUUAUCGGCAAAUACUUCGAGGAGAUUAGCCAGGAUACUGGCCGUGUCUGCUACGGUGUUGAAGAUACGCUCAAGGCGUUGGAGCUGGGUGCUGUGGAGAUCCUCAUUGUCUUUGAGAAUUUGGAAAUCAACCGCUGGGAGCUUAAAGACUCCAACGGAAACAAAGUCAUUCUCCACACUACGAAGAAACAGGAAGCAUCCGACAGAGAUCAAUUCAUGGACAAGGAGACUGGCCAAGAAAUGGAAGUUGUUGAGCAGAUAUCCUUCCUUGAGUGGAUUGCUGAGAAGUACAGAGACUUCGGUACCACGCUUGAGUUCGUCUCCGAUAGGUCCAGCGAAGGAAACCAGUUCGUCAAGGGAUUCGGUGGCAUUGGCGGUCUGCUUCGUUACAAGGUCAACUUCGAGCAGCUGGCUGAAGUCGAUGAGGAUGAUGAUGAUUAUUAUGACGAUUGACAGUUUGAUGCCCUCGCAGUGAGCGAGGACUCUAAACCAGAAACCCCGUCAUCGCCUGCCCUGCCGCCGCGCGCUCCUGCUACGAAGCAGACGGCAGGUCAAGUUUCCAUCUAUCCUGGCCACGGCCCGGUUGCCCAGGUGGUCCGGCCCAGUCCGCUACACUCCAUGAUGUUGGCUUAAGAUGACAGUAAACAGGCUGAAAAAGACUUAAUAGGACCCCCUUCGAUUCUAUAGGUGGUACUGGCAAGUUUACGACGGCUUGGGAUGACUGGGAUGAAGAUCGCUUGCUCCAUGAAUUUGUUUUGAUCGCAGGCGUCUUGUUUUGUGAAUCAUUAGCCCGUAUUAUAUAGCAUGUCCUAGAUUCUGCUGCUACGACAGUGGAAUCAUUCCGACAUAGCUUGCCAAUAAAAAAAGUUUACCAUGAC